AUGCGAUUUGAAUUGCUCACUCUACAGGUGCUGGGCCUGGGUUUGUGCUGUCUCCAGAUAGCAUCAGCCCUACCUGGUUUCAAUCAUCAUCUCAGUCACCAACGAGUAGAACAGCUUGCUGAUAUACCCCACGGAUGGUCCAAGCAAGGCAAGCCUCAGCCUUCGCAGCCCAUCAAGUUUCGUCUCGCAAUCACCCGAAGCCACGCGGCCAAUUUUGAGCAGAAGGUCAUUGAUCUCUCCACUCCCGGUCACCCCAGCUAUGGCCAACACAUGAAACGGGAGGAAGUGAGGAAGCACUUGCGUCCAUCCCCUGCCGUGACAAGUCGGAUUUUAGCAUGGCUCAGAUCCGAGAAUGUCCCAGUCGAAAACAUCGUUCCAGAUGGCGACUGGAUCCUGUUCACAGUCCCCAUGUCCAAGGCAGAAGAGAUGCUCAAGACUCAGUUCUUCUACUACCACAACGACGCCCAGAAGACAACGGCCAUCAGAACCCUUGGGUAUUCCGUCCCCAGUGAUAUACACCCAUACAUCCAAUUGAUACAGCCCACGACUCGGUUUGGCAAUUUGAACCCGCGGAAGAGUACGUUGUUCCAACCCGAGCGCGCAACCCUGGAGCAACUAGCCGCUGGAUGUGACAGGACGAUCACGCCGAGUUGCCUGAAGAAUCUGUAUGGGAUCGAUAACACAACCACAACGCCUGACCCACGCAAUCGACUGGGCAUAUCUGGUUUCCUGGAGCAAUAUGCGCGCCAUCAAGAUCUGGAUGAUUCCCUCACUCACUAUGCGCCGAGCCAAGCAAGUGACAACUUCACUGUUGUCUCCAUCAACGGUGGAAAAGAUGACCAGAACUCUAUCCUGGACAGCGUCGAAGCCAAUUUGGACAUGCAAUACUCGAUUGCGAUGACAGAUCAAGUACUAACGACAUUCUACACCACCGGUGGGCGCGGUCCUGUAUCACCCGAGAUAGACCACCCAGACAUCUCGGAAGUAACGAACGAACCCUACCUCGAGCAGCUCCACUACCUACUCAGCCUGUCCGACGAAGAUCUCCCCGCAGUUCUCUCGAACUCCUACGGGGAAGACGAACAGGGUCUCCCGGCAUCCUAUGUGAAUGCCACAUGCAGUCUAUUUGCGCAGCUCGCGGCAAGAGGUGUGUCGGUCCUCUUCAGCAGUGGAGAUUCCGGCGCCGGCGGGUCGUGUUUGAUGAACGACGGGACAAACAGGACCAGAUUUCUUCCGGAAUACCCAGCCUCGUGCCCAUUUGUCACUUCCGUGGGAGGCACGUUCAGGACUAAUCCUGAAGAAGGGGUUUCUUUCUCUGGUGGUGGUUUCUCGGAGAUCUUCCCCCGUCCCUCGUAUCAAGACGAGGCGGUGCGAUAUUACAUCAACAAUAUUGGCAGCCAGUGGGAGAAAUACUUCAAUACCCAGGGUAGAGGGAUCCCCGAUGUCUCGGCGCAGGCAUCCGGCUUCGUUGUUCGAGAUCAUGGUGUAUGGGUUUCAGUGGGUGGGACAAGUGCCUCGGCUCCAGUGUUGGCGGGCAUCAUUUCACGAUUGAAUUCAGCUCGUCUUGCGCAGGGUAAGCCUCGAAUGGGUUUCCUGAACCCAUGGCUUUAUAGCAGUGGACGAUUGGGAUUUACAGAUAUCGUUCAUGGUCGAUCCCUGGGCUGUAUGGGCUGGUCUGGCGGCGUUCAAACACCUUUGGUCCCUAAUGCUGGCUGGAAUGCUACUGAAGGAUGGGACCCAGUGACGGGUUUGGGUACGCCUUCCUUCCAGGAGAUAUUGAAGUUGGCGCUGUGA